CUCUCUACCACAAAUGCGAGCCACGCCCACUCAUCUCAGCAUAAACACUGUGAAGGGCUGUGUUUGUGUACUUUUAUGGUCACAGCAGAUCAGGGGUAGAGCUACUAAAUGCUAGCACAGAGUAAUCUUAUAGCGCAGGAGCAUAAAGGUAGCAAUGACUGAAGCAGUGGUGUCCUUACUCCCACAAAGACCACCUCCUCCCAAUCGCACUACUAGCCCGGUGGGUGUGUCUAAUCCAGCCCCCAAACAAUUGUCAGAGAGAGAGGAUAGUUUCCGUUUUGUCGACUCUAGGGCUAAGUCCAAACAAAAGCCACAGUUAUCACCAACCACCAAACAGAAGUCUAGCAACCAACCCCUCCGCUCAAGUUCUGCCUCUCCCGACCAUGGCUUCACUAUCAUAGAUUCUAAACACUCCCCCCUCCUAGAGCGCCAUUCACCCACCAAGGUGUCCGUCCCACCCCCUAGACCACACCCACCCACACGACAGAACACUACCAGUGAGGGACGUGAGUCUGGUGAGGCUAUUAAUGGACGUGGUGUAUCUCGGCAAGUGAGUCAACCUCUUGACAGUGUGGAGGUAUGUGUUGACGGUGAUGCUCGUGAGGGUGGAGAACCUGUACCUGUGCCACUUGUGGACCACCCUCCCCCUCCGUCUACUAAGGUGUCCCAACCCCCAGCCCGCCCACAGCAGCCUCCAAUGAGACAGCAAAGUGUCACUGUUACGAGUACUAGUAGUCAGAGCGAUGUCAGUGAGGGAGGAGACAGACAUAACAGUGUGGGCAAGCAGCCAGUGAAAGAUGAACAAGUUACUGAAACAAAAGCAGAAGACAAAGAAACUGAGGCAAAUCAGCGAGCUCGACCGGGGCGCCCCCCUCCACCCAGGUCAAAGAGUGUACCCAGAGCAAAAUCCCUUACAGAACACAAACAGAAGAGAAUGAGAGAGCGAUCACCUACCAUUGAUGUGACUACUCGAAUUGCACAUCAGGAGGGCAAGCUACCUAACACACAGAAGAGAACAAUGAGAGAGCGAUCACCUACCAUUGAUGUGACUACUCGCAUUGCACAUCAGGAGGAUCUUCAGAACCGGCCGGCUCAACCGUCUACUAAACCUUCACUCAAUCACUCAGUCCCUCAAUCUCCUACCCAUACCACACCCCCUUCAACUACGCCCCCUCCAACCACCCCGACUCGACUGUCUCCCCACGUUCCAAUAGACUCUUUGGUGGACUUGAGUGAGGGAGUGGAGACCUCACUAGCUAAUGAAGGCAGCCAAAACGAGAACGGAGCUCCAAAAACUAGUCCUGUUGAACCAACGCCCCCCCGUCCUUCGGUGCGAAGCCCACCUCCACCCCCCACCAGGAACUUAGAGAGCACACCCACCCGACACACCACCCCUCAACAGCCAGCAGUUAUCCCAGUGCCACACGAGAAUCCUUUAGUUUACAAAAACACAUCAUCCCCUGAAGAAACUCUGUCCAGCACACCAGCUGAUGCAUCCAAUGUUACAGCUGAUACUAACAGUCCCACAGCUGCGUCCAGCCCCCCUGUAAUACCAGCACGCCCUUAUAUGCCGCCUAGACCAUUUCCCCCUCGACCAAACUCUGGAAGCAAACGGGCCCCUGCCAAGCCAAAGAGAUCAAAUCAUCCAAGUAAAAAAGUGGCGAAAUCUCACACAGCAAUAGAUUUGUCUCCAAGGAUGUCGCAUGGCAAGCCUCCAAGGUCACAUGACAUGAAAUCCCCACAUAGCUUGGCACCCCAGUCACACGACAGUGCUGGCGGCAGCAAGGCUAUAAUGGCCUCUGUCGAAGUAUCGCAAGUGGAGCCAGAUACGCCGGAAUACCCAAACACACCCACUCUAUCAAUAACAAACCACGAUGUAGUUCAGUUUGGCUUCCCGUCUCAUCCGAAUAACAGCAUCUCUGCAGCAUCGCCAGACUAUGAUAGCUCACUUCCUGCUACUGUGGAUGUUACGCAGUCAAUGCCGGCCACACUGCCUCCUGUAGAGCGAGAGAUAAGUGAGGAAGGUGCCACUGAAGGGAGGGACGAGGUAGCUGAUUUGCAACCGUCCAAGUCUUCUUCACGGUUUAGAGGCAAGAAAAUGUUCAGCUCAAUGAAGAAAGGUAUUAAAAGUUUGCGUCUUCCUCGUAAGCCCAUUCGUGCAGAUGAGGUAAACUCACAAAGGAGAAGGUCUGAGGGCAAUGUAGGCAUGAGCAGAAGUGAGGACUAUCCAGACCCGCUUCCUCAAGGAAUAAUCGAGCCACUGGUAGUCAAGUGUGUGGCGUACCUCAACAGAGAUGAUGUGCUUGUGGAACAGGGCCUGUUCAGAAUACCGGGAGACCUGGCUGCCAUCAGGAAACUCAGGACUUCCUUCCUAAAUGGUGUUGAUGUGGACCUUGGGGAUGUGUUGGACCCUCACACUGUGUGUGGACUGCUCAAGCUUCACUUUAGAGAGUUGCGGGUGUCUAUGAUCCCUCGAGGACCACCCCUCGCUGAGCUCAUUCACAAUGUCAAGGAGAGAAAUGUUGAUGGUGUGCAUCAACUAUUGAGUAAAAUAAAUGUCACUCACAUAGCCACACUGAGAAUCGUCACCGAAGUUCUGGCUAAGGUGGUGUCCCAUUCUGAUGUAAACAGAAUGACAGCUGGUACUCUGGCUACGUCGUGUGGACCAUCUAUAUUCCCCUACCUACCACCUAGCAACGCCAACCAACUCCUCAAGUUUCUCGUAGACCACUGUCAGGAGAUAUUCGAAACCUAGCAACAACAUACACAACAGAACUAUAUUUAUCAAUCAGUGUUUUUAGAUUGUGAGAUACCUUUAUAAUUUGCACCAACAGCGCUAUAUAAGGAGCACUUUUUACGAAUUUUUUUUACACAUUAAAUUUUUACUUUUAAUAAUUAUAAAGAUAAAAUUAAUAACAGGA